CUAACCUUCAAAUAGUUGUUAAAAUUGUCCUAAUCAUGAUCAUAAUAAUUGAUCAUUUAAAUUAUUCUUUAUCUCUCUAGUCUCUCUAGAAAGAAAUAGAAAUAAUUAUAAAUACAUUGUGUAAUUUGGACUUUGUGUUCUUAAUUCAAAUUAACAAAAAUUAUAUUCUAUUAUAAUUUUUAUUACCUUAAGCUUUUACCCAAAACAACUUCUUCCAAGGAAAGAAAAACUACCAAAAUAGAUAUUUUUAAUCGAAAAUAUUUUCCAUAAAAAUUUGUAAAUAUGACUGAACCUGCUGAAGAACCAACUGCACUUCACGUGGACGAUUUAGAAUACGAACCAUCCCUUAAAAAUGUUAUUGAACAAAGAUCCCUCAAGUGGAUUUUCGUAGGAGGAAAAGGUGGUGUUGGAAAAACAACCUGCAGCUGUUCGCUAGCGGUACAAUUAUCAAAAGUUCGUGAAAAUGUACUAAUUAUAUCGACAGAUCCAGCGCACAAUAUUUCAGAUGCAUUCGAUCAAAAAUUCAGUAAAGUGCCAACAUUAGUUCGAGGUUUUGAAAAUCUAUUUGCAAUGGAAAUUGAUCCCAAUGUUGGUGUAAAUGAAUUGCCGGAUGAAUAUUUUGAAAAUGAAAUGGGUGCCGGAGGUGGAGAAGCGAUGCGUUUAAGUAGAAGUGUUAUACAAGAUAUUGUUGGAUCAUUUCCCGGAAUUGACGAAGCAAUGAGUUAUGCAGAAGUUAUGAAAUUAGUAAAGGGUAUGAAUUUUUCCGUUGUGGUGUUCGACACUGCUCCAACAGGACACACAUUGAGGUUAUUGUCCUUUCCCCAAGUCGUUGAAAAAGGUUUAGGGAAAUUAAUGCGUCUCAGGAUGAAAAUCAGUCCCUUCAUUUCACAGAUUAGUUCCUUAUUGGGAAUGUCAGACUUUAAUAUUGACACAUUUUCACAAAAAAUGGAAGAAAUGUUGUCAAUAAUACGACAAGUUAAUGAGCAAUUUAAAGAUCCCGAGCAAACGACAUUCGUUUGUGUUUGUAUAGCAGAAUUUUUAUCACUUUAUGAAACUGAAAGACUGGUUCAAGAAUUAACAAAAUGUGGAAUAGACACUCACAAUAUAAUUGUUAAUCAAUUAUUAUUCUUGAAAGAGGGUGAAGUGCCUUGUAGAUUGUGUCGUUCAAGGCGAAAAAUCCAGGAUAAAUAUUUAGAUCAGAUCAUGGAUUUAUACGAAGACUUUCACGUGACGAAAUUGCCUCUACUUGAAAGAGAGGUGCGUGGUGUGGAACAUGUCAAAGAUUUUUCGGAAAAUCUUCUCACGCCUUACAAACCGUGAUCAUAAUACAAGUUCUUCGAAUCCUCUUUUUCUUUCUUCAAUACCAUAAUCUACUAUUUUAUAUAUUUUAAUAUAGAAAAAAUGUUAACAAGA